AAACAGAUCAGUCAUUAAUACCACUUUUACUGGGUUAUGUAGUAUUUACAAUUGCAGGCAAAAAAAGAUUCAAAUUGUCAAUUUUAGAGAGUAACAAUCAGUUACUUUUUUAUUGGAAGGAAUUUGGCUUUGAUACAUUAUAUACCGAAAAAAAAGCACAAGGCCUUGAGCGAGUUGCAUUUCAUUAUAUGCUAAAAAAAUAUGGUCUUGAUUCUAACAAUUCCAUUCAAUACAUUUUUGGCCUCAAUGUUCCAGAAAUAGUUAACAAGUUAAAAGAACUUGUUUAUGAAAAAUUUGCAACUCUUUUCCAGGAUCAAGAACCGGAAAAUCCAAAAUUAGCCAAUGCAAAAAAAAAAGAAGCAACAUUACGCUGUAGUUUAAAACGAGAUCAAGAAAAAAUUGAUACAAUACUUUAUGAAAAUGAUGAAAAUAGUGAAAAUAUUAUCCUUCAUGGAAUUCAGGUUGAAUCUAGAGGAAAACUGUUAUCCCCGAAAAAAACACAAGUUUUGAUGUUAAAAAAUAUGGAACAUAAAAAAACUAUUUAUUCUCAAAAUAGAACUAUUAAAACAUUAAAAGAAAAAAUUACUCCAAAAAAUGAAACAGAUAUUGACAAUAAAAGAGAAAUUAAAAAAUUGGUAGCAAAUGAAAUUGAAGAAAAAAAACUUGGCUCAACCAUUUUUAUGAGUACUUCACAUUAUCUUUCCAUCCUUCUUUAA